CAGGGGGCGCAAGUGGCGAAAUGACGUCACAGGAUAAACACGGUAUGGAACGGCGAGCAGUAGGGAGGCCUGUGUUAGGCCCAGCAGCGCUCAGUUCCGUAGUUUUUCUCAAUUUGUAAUAUUUGGAAACUGUUUUCUUUUCUACCGCAUCCCCCAAGCACUCCAAAAUGGAUUCGGAAGACGACAACAUCUACAACACGGACUCUGGCAACGAAUCUAGUGGCGAGGAAGACGACGGCCUGUCCAUUGGUUUGGAACCAGAACCGACCACGGCCAAAGAGAAAAUGGACAUCGAGGAUUUUCCUUUCGAAGUUUUAACCACCGAGGACAUUGUGCAGCACAUGAUAGACUCUAUCCGAGACGUUAACAAUGUGGUCGAGAUCCCGCCUACCACAACGCGAAUCCUGUUGAACCACUUUAAAUGGGACAAGGAGAAGCUGUACGAGAGGUACUACGAUGGUGACCAGGAGCGGCUCUUCAAGGAGGCGCAUGUGGUCAACCCGUACAAGAAACCUUCCAGCAGCAAAGCUCAAAAGAAGUCUUCACGGCCGGUUGCCCCUGGAAUGGAGGACUGCGAGAUCUGCCUGCGGGAUCUGCCGAGUUCGAUGAUGACUGGGCUCGCCUGCGACCAUCGGUUUUGCACAGAGUGUUGGAACUAUUACCUGACGACCAAGAUUAUGGAGGAAGGCAUGGGCCAGACCAUCUCCUGUGCGGCCCACGGAUGCGACAUCUUGGUGGACGACCAGACAGUAAUGAAGCUCAUAGCAGACCCCAAGGUGAAGUUAAAGUACCAGCACCUCAUCACCAACAGCUUCGUCGAGUGCAAUCGGCUCCUGCGGUGGUGUCCCCAGCCCGAGUGCAACAACGCGAUAAAAGUGCAGUAUGUGGACACGCAACCUGUGACUUGUUCCUGUUCCCACACCUUCUGCUUCUCCUGCGGGGAGAACUGGCACGACCCCGUCAAGUGCCACCUGCUCAAGAAGUGGCAGAAGAAAUGUGACGACGACAGUGAGACCUCCAACUGGAUCGCCGCUAACACCAAGGAGUGCCCCAAGUGCAACGUGACGAUAGAGAAGGACGGGGGCUGCAACCACAUGGUGUGCAAGAACCAGAACUGCAAGGCAGACUUCUGCUGGGUCUGCCUGGGGCCCUGGGAGCCGCACGGGUCAUCGUGGUACAACUGCAACCGCUACGAUGAGGAGGAGGCCAAGGCGGCCAGGGACGCCCAGGAGCGGUCCAGGGCCGCCCUCCAGCGUUACCUCUUCUACUGCAACCGCUACCUCAACCACAUGCAGAGCCUCAAGUUCGAGCACAAGCUGUAUGCGGCGGUGAAGGAGAAGAUGGAGGAGAUGCAGCAGCACAACAUGUCUUGGAUUGAGGUGCAGUUCCUGAAGAAGGCAGUGGAUGUGCUGUGCCAGUGCCGGCAGACCCUCAUGUACACCUACGUGUUUGCCUACUACCUGCGCAAGAACAACCAGUCGGUCAUCUUCGAGGACAACCAGAGGGACCUGGAGAGUGCCACAGAGAAGCUCUCUGAGUACCUGGAGAGGGACAUCACCCAGGAGAACCUGCUAGACAUCAAGCAGAAGGUGCAGGACAAAUACAGGUACUGCGAGAGCCGGCGUCGAGUGCUGCUUGAGCAUGUGCACGAGGGUUACGAGAAGGACUGGUGGGAGUACACGGAGUGAAGUGGCCUUUACUACCUGCUCUGUCGGAACGGUGCCGCACCAAUCCUCCCCCACCCCAUCUGCGGUAGGGCCGCGGUGAAGGCCUGCAACGAAGCCUGCGCAAGCCUGCGACCUUGUUUCCCCCCGUCCGGGACCGCCAGCAGACGACGGGACGCUACUCGGAGAAGGCGUCUAAGAGUCGUCGCCUUCCUCCCGCAGUUUCUGCAGCCUCCUCCAGCCGCAGUCUCUCUUUUUUUUUUAAUUUCGUGUCCCUGUGUUGCGUGUCUCGGAGGCUCCAGCCGUGGGUCCACACCCACGGUGGCGGCGGUCCCGACUGUGCAUCCGGACUUCUUCCGGUGCCCUCUGCCGCCAGCUCCGGCAGGCACGGAGCCAGCCGGCGCCCAUGUUGGUCCCGACGACGGGGUGUCCCAAUAAAAAUGAGGGCAAAAAUUGUCCCCCUUUCCUCCUUCUCGGAACAUCGGUGCAGGACGUCUGGUUGACGCGGUCGGAUCUCAAGGUCACCAGUGUGGUUCUGCGAGUGGUUUUUGUGAGAGCGUUUGUGCACGCCCAGCAUGCACGUCUCACAGUUGCAGACGACAGAAUGCGUUACAAAACAAAAGUUGAGAAUAAAGUAUGUUUGUGCUUUUGUUCAUUGGAA